AUGUUCGUCGCCGUAAUCGUGUGCCUGCUGGUGCUGGAAGCGAAGGGCUGCGGCGCUGAUCCCGGUCAACACGAUGCAAACUUGGAUGUCAAACUCAUCCCGAAACUUAGAUUUUACUACAGCGGCCUGGAGCACUAUACGGAGCUGCCGCUAGAGGCCGCCGAUGGGAUCCUGGCCACCUCCUGGUACAACACCACGCGCACCACGCUGUUGUUCGUACACGGCUUCACAGAGCAAGCCGACGGGUCCGGCGGUGACGCAGUGGCAGGAGCUUUUCUGCGGCGCGGGGACUGCAACGUGGCUCUGUUGGACUGGCAGGGGCUGGCCGCUGCUGAGGCGCCCAGCCUUGCAGACUCCUACCUUAAUUGGGCCGCUCCAACGCAAGAAAGGUACGAGUAUUUGGGCGUUCGUCUGGCUGGAGCUCUGACGCGCCUGUCUGCGGCGGGGCUGGACCUGGAGCGCACGCAACUGGUGGGGCACUCGCUGGGCGCGCACGUGCUGGGUCUCGCCGGCAACGCGCUGCGGCUGCAGGGAGUUCUGUUGCCCUGGAUAACGGCACUGGACCCAGCGAGCGCGGCGUUCGAGGGCAAGCCGGCGGCGGGGCGCCUGCACGCAGGCUCAGCGGCGGUGGUGGUCGCGGUGCACUCCGACCCCGGCGGCUACGGCGCCCGGCGCGCGAUGGGGACGGCGGACUUCUGGCCCAACUACCGCGUCGGCGCCGUGCAGCCCGGCUGCCCCAAGAGUAGGGGGCAGAGGUUCUCACCUGAAGGCAAGUCUGGGCAUCAUUUUUUUUAACUUUGUGUGUAUAUAAGGUACUAAAACGUUCGGAAAAUUUUAAGUAGAAAGUUAGAGGUAAUCCACUUUGAAUGCAUUGGAUCUUGAGAGGCAAACAUUUUACCCCUUGAAGUUAUUAUUUUAGCUUAUACCCGUUUGACUUUCAUCCUUCAUAGACCUGUAGUGGCUGUAGUUAGAUGGCUGAAAGAACCUGGCCAGCAUUCACCGAAAAUUCAAAAUAUUUUAG